AAUAAGCGAACCUCCAUUUGAGCCUUCCGAGUCUCCGUACUAAAGAAAACCUGCCUCCCUAUGCCUUUAUUCGCACACCCAUCAUCUCUCCUCGCCAAAAAGCACAGAACGGACAGAUGAAAAUACACGGCAAAAUAUUUAGUAUCAUCACUGGAGUGUACGCUGCUGUCAAGGGCUCUCAACAACAUGGAGAUAUAUAAUAUUCCUGCGAUAUGGCAUAAUCCUUUCAUCAGUGUGCAUUUCUUUCAGAAAAAUGAAUUAAUCGGCGUUGUCGGCAGAAAGAAAUAACCCUAUCCGGCAAGUAACGUUAACUCCCUCGUUCUAUAUGGAUAUUAUGAAACAACUAACUGUAUUUCACACAGAUGACACAUUUACAGUUCUUCCGAGAUAGACAGUCAGCUGAAGUGAACACAACAAAGAUGAAUCCCUUAUAGAGGAGCUCCCUAGCUUGCAAAGGAUCAAGGUGAUAUUAGUAAAUUGCAGUCCGGGAGGGUUCAGCGGUGCAGAGAGGUGACGUUGACCGGAUGUGUGUAGCGGAGCGUGCCGUGUGGCUUUGACCAUGAGCCGGCUGAUGUUGGGCCGGACCCUGGAGCGGAUCUGCAAGGCUGUGCUGUUGCUCUGCCUGGUGCACUUCCUCAUCAUGAUGAUCCUCUACUUCGAUGUCUACACCCAACGCUUCGACAUCUUCAGCCGUUUCAACAAUGGCCGUGGAGCGAACAGCUCACGAGGACCCCACCACUACUACUAUAAUUUCUCCAGCGGAAGGCCCAACACUACCUUUGCAAGCUACCUGGCCACAGCUGACCAUCUUCUGCCCAGCACCAAGCCAGAGGCCAACCACACACCGCCGACCCCAAAGCCAUUACCGCCAUGUCCGGAAGUACCUCAUGGCCUGGUGGGACGUCUCCUCAUCGAAUUCAGCUCCCAGAUAACCCUCGAGCGGGUGCAGAGAGAGAACCCUAAUGUGACAGAAGGGGGGAAAUACACUCCUCCGGACUGCCGGCCAAAACAAAAGGUGGCCAUCAUCGUCCCGUUCAGACACCGAGACAACCACCUUAAAUAUUGGCUUCACUACCUGCACCCAGUCCUGCGCAGACAGAAGAUCGACUAUGGGAUCUUUAUCAUCAACCAGCUUGGCGAGGACACCUUCAAUCGGGCCAAGCUUCUCAACGUUGGCUACACAGAGGCUCUUAAAGACGCAGAAUACGACUGCUUCAUUUUCAGUGACGUGGACCUGAUCCCUAUGGAUGACCGGAACCUGUACCACUGUUAUGACCAGCCUCGUCAUUUUGCCAUUGCCAUGGACAAAUUCGGCUUCAGGCUACCCUAUGCAGGGUACUUUGGAGGGGUGUCCGGCCUUAGCAAAAAACAGUUCCUCAAAAUCAAUGGCUUUCCUAAUGAGUACUGGGGUUGGGGAGGUGAAGAUGAUGACAUUUACAACAGAAUCACACUAAAUGGGAUGAAAGUGUCUCGGCCCGACGUGAGAAUCGGCCGCUACAGGAUGAUCAAGCAUGAGAGAGACAAGCACAAUGAGCCAAACCCCCAGAGGUUCAGUAAGAUCCAGAACACCAAGAACACCAUGAGGAAAGAUGGGAUCAGCUCGCUGAUCUACAGAGUGGUGUCUGUGAAGAAAUAUCCGCUCUACACCAACAUUUCCGUAGAGAUCGGCAAGCCUCCACCCAGACCCCUCAAAGGAUAGAGAGCUACCGGUCCUGGACCCAGGAUACCAUGAUCUUCUUAAAGUUCAGCACACAAACACACACACACACACACAAACUCUGCCCAGGGUCACCUUCCUAUGAUACAGCAGUGAUAUGCUGAACAGGUUAGUUCUCAGGAAUACAUGGAAGCUUGAUGUGGAUCCAACGAUGUACUGUAGAUUCAUAUCCUGAUUCAGAUCGAGAUGUACACAGUGUCUGGAGGGACGGAAAUAUCAUCAUCAUACUCCAGUGGCUGUUUUGAUCAGACCUUGAGGAUCAGUUCAAGCGUUUAGCCCCUUAACGGGAGGAUUGUUGCGUUCUGGUUUUGGUAAGUGACGUUGAUCUGCGAAGAACAGCCUGGUCACUUGAUGUAAAUCAGUCAGAACAUACUGUACAUUUCAAAAGCGAAUGUGUCUUUGUACCUGCGAUGCUUGCAGUGUUCAAAUCUCUUCUUUCGUAUCUCAGAUGUUGGUUGAUCAUGUGAGGUUAAUUGAAGUUGGCUCUUUUGGAUUGUGUCUCUAUCUUGCGCUCUCUUUUAUUUUGCAUCAUCUCUUGGGACUUUUGUCAACCAUGAAAACACUUCUCAGCAUUUCUGGGGAUGAAACCCUUGUUGGGAUGUCUUCAUGGGAACUUGGAGGACAACUAUGUGAUGUGAUUAGACUGGAACUGGACUAGUCCUACAAGCACAUGACUGUCAGUCAAUAUGGUACAAGUGGAUUGCCGCAGCAUAUCCUCUGGCUGCCGAGUAGAUGCCUGGAGAAACGGCAAGAACUUUCGCUGAGAGAUAGAGGAGCUUCUGUAGAAGUUACUGAUGAUCAAACCCCUGUAUCUAUCACCACCUGCUCAAAACUGACUGUGCUACGAGCCACUCUUUCUUUGUUUACUUUCAUUUGCCUCAAAGAUUCAUAUACAGAUCUGUCAUAUAUCAAGGCUUUUUUAAAAACUUGAAGGAUGAAGUUAGCGAUGGGUGCUUUGAUCAAAUAAUGCCCAUGUCAUUCAGUUUUAGAGUUUCGCGCUUCUUUUGAUGAUCAUCUUUGGAGGUGUUAUUUAAAUGAUUCUCUGAUAUGUCCAAUAUAUAUAAAAAUAUAUAUAUUCACCCAGAGUCCAAACUCAAUGCAUUGCCACAACUUCCAAUUCCAGUUAUUGGAGGAAAUUUACAGACUGUACUGUAAUUAUUUUUUACAGGCCAAUAAUCAAUUUUGGCAUUUUUUAUAAGAAUGUUUUUCUUUCUGUGAAAAAUUUAAUUAUUAUUAGCUGUCAUCAUCCUUAACUGUGCUAUAAAACUGUCAAAAACAUGGAGACCCAUAAUUCUGUUCCUUCAUGUUUUUGUUUUGAUAGCUUAAUGUGAAUAAUAUUCAUACACUACCCUUCAAAAGUUUGGGGUCAGUAAGAUGUAUUUUUAAAGACAUUAAUAACUUUAACUUUUGGUCAAUGAAUACUUACAGUAAAGCUUUUAGAUUGUUAUAGUUUCAAUUUCCAAUAAAUGCUCUUCGAAUAUUGGUAACAAUGAGAAAUGUUUCUUGAGUGCCAAAACAGCAUAUUAGAAUGAUUUCUGAAGCAUCAUAUGACACUAAAGAGUAAUGGCUACUGAAAAUCUUAUUACAGGAAUAAAUUACAAACAAAUUAAAAUAGAAAAAAGAAAGUUAUUUUAAAUUGUAAUAUGUUUUUUAAUGUAUUUAUAGAUAAGUGCAGCAUUAAAGACUUCUUUCAAAACCACUAAACAAUCUUACCAACCCCACACUUUGGAACAGAGGACAAAAAACUUAACAGAUAAAAACAAAAACAUAGAUGAAUAUAAGAUUUAUCUGGUUUGCAUAUUUCAUCAUAAUGUUAUGUUGAUUUUCACUUGCAUUUGGUGUUUGGCAAAUGUUAAUUUUGGACCCUGUAUUCACCUCUUCCAAAAAGAUCUGAAGAACUGUAUUGAACUGCUUUUCUUUACAAUACUUUGCAAGCCUUUUAAAGUUGUUUUACCGUUGCUUAUUCCUUCUUCACCUAUUAUUUUACUACCUGAAAACACCAAGCUGAUGCCUUCAGAUGUAUUAUUAGGGGUAAAUGUGAGGAGAGUUCGAGCUCUUUUUUUUCUCUCUUAUCAGCUUUUCUGCUCUGUGCGGAUGCUUUUGUGCUAUCAACGAUUCUUUCAGCCCAGCACAGAGGAAGUCAUUAAUGAGAGCCCAGCCAUUCUCCCUGUCCUUUUAAAAAUACACUUUCUCCUCAUGCCUUUCAUUUUAGCCUCACCAACCCAUUUCAUUUCUGUGUGUGCAAUUAUGUUGUCUUAACUGCUGACCCAAACAGUCGCUGUGUCACUAACAUUGUUUCCUUCUUAAGUAUUUCAUCACCUCUGUCUCAUGGGUACGACUACCUGUCAGUUACAAGUGCAUCUCUUCUGCCAUGCGGUAUUUGUACAUUGGCCAUCAAGCGAAAUAACUGUUAAUACUUACCUGACACAAUUUUGCCUCAAGCCCUUUGAUUUUUCAUGGGUUAAUAGCCUUAAAAGUUGACAUCCAUCUGUGCACACUAUUCAGAACUAUUCAUAGAUCAUAUUCAAUAAUAUUUACUCUAGCUGUGACCUGCAUUUCAAAUGCUGAGAAACAGUGCUGUAGAAUGCAGUGAAUCCUAAACCUUCAACACGAAUGAGAUUUCAAGCCAAUAUCCUUAUUAAAAAGACAUUAUGCUCGUCCUGUAAUGUCUUGGCGAAUGAAAUAGAAAUCUGUUUCUGUUGGAGUAAAUUAGAUUGCUUCCUGUUUGAGCUCAUGUAUCAAAACGCUUUUUAAACUGAAGAAGAAACAAUGUUGCAGAGCGCAUUUACAUUAUCUUAAUUUUUUUCAAAAUGAAAAAUGCAGUCCAUGUGGUGUAUACAGAGCAGAACUAAGUCCAACAAAUUGAAGGCCUCACGCACAUUGUUGCAUGUAAUCUGUCAGGCUUGAUACAGCAUGAUAGUGUAUAAUGUGUAGCCAUUCUUCUGAAAAAUAUUUGUUUUAUAUUGAUUUAAAGGUGUACUCAGUCCUUUUUGUUGGUUGCACUAACAUGGCAGAUUUAUGCUGGCAAGACAAUUUUUUUCACAAAAUGACUUAAAGGGGUCAUAUGAUGCGAUUUCAAGUUUUCCUUUCUCUUUGGAAUGUUACAAGCUGUUCGUGCAUUGAUAAGAUCCCUAAAGUUGCAAAGACUAAAGUCU